AUGACUGACUUGCGAGCAAUAGUGCUCGCCUACCGCCAUCUCUAUCGUCGUGGCCUUCAGGCUGUCAAUUAUGCAACGCCUGCACGUCAUGUGCUUCUCAGGAUUUUGCGAUCCUCAUUUCGGUCCGGGUCGCGCGAUGACUUUGAUCCCAAGAAGAUAAACAAAACUUUGGAGUUUCUCCAACGCGCUUCGGAAUCCGCAGGCUUAGAGCACAAGAUCAUCAAAAACCUUAUAAUGGUCAGGUAUUGGGAGCAGCCGCAGGCAAAGAAGGAGGUAAAAAUGAUCAAAGAGCAAGAUGUUAAGCAUACCCAUCUUCGGAAGAGUGCCAAUGCUCACUUCAACUCGACCCUCAUGCUCUUGAACGAAAGCUUGGGAAUUUGCCUAAGGAUAAACCGCAAGCGGUCCUGGAUGCGUGACCGCCAGAGGUGUUGGUACCGGGUCCCAAUGAGUGGGCUAAUUUCCUCUUUACUUAUCGGGCCCAUUAUUCGGCAAGCCCGCCGCUUAUCGCGUCUGACGACCACUGAGCCUGCACCGAUUGUGACUGAUGAUGACCGAGAAGCCACAUGCCUGAGUCCACCGGACGGCUUUUCGUGCUCUUCAAAACAGAACAACCACGGAAAUCGUUCUAAAGCGACUGAUUUUCAAUACAAUUCUGACUGGAGACUGGAUUGCGGACCAAGAGAGCGCUCUGACAGUUCACCAUCGGUGUCGACAUCCCUCGAUUCCCAUGACCACGAGCUGCAUGAUCUAGGAGGGUCGACGUUUAAUGAUAGGACUGAGGCUAGCCAAGUGCAUGUGUCGGAGAGCUUUCAUGCCCAUAAUAAUGGGAUUUCACAAGAAUCCGGAACAAAUCAGACAACAGACACAUCUCGAACGAAUCUUACGCAAGAGGCGCACAUUGAAAUGUCAAACGAGUCGACCAAUUUCCAGUCGUACGGCUUGGAGGAAAACGGAAAAGAAUUGCCUGAAGAUGACGGGAUGGGCGUUUUGAGACGGAAGAUACACGCCAUACGGGAUAAAGAUGCACCCACAGCCGAGAAGGCACGAUUGAUCCAUUCUCUGAUGACGGAGAGUUACAAUGCCUCUCGGAGCAGCUUCAGCCGUCAGUCGUCGUCAAUUCCUCGUUCUCCAUCUAGUGUCAGAAGCUUGGAGCGUUCAUUAACACCAACUUCUCCGAAAACCCGACGGUCUUUCGAUCAGCUCUCCUUGGCUCCAGUCUCCUCGACUGAUACAACACAACUCAGCAUAUACAAUCUCACUCCCCAGGAUUUAGAACCGACAUACGUUCCCAAAAAUGACAAUGACACUUCCAAGAGCAAUACGGUCGCCGAAUGCCUCGAUGAUACUGAUUAUUCGGAAGAGGAGGAAGAAACCCUGGGCUGUCGGCAUUAUAAACGGAACGUCAAGCUGCAAUGUUAUACCUGCAAGAGAUGGUACACUUGUCGCUUUUGUCACGAUGAGGUUGAAGAUCAUACGCUAGAGCGACGUAAGACGGAAAAUAUGCUCUGUAUGUUGUGUGGUCUCCCUCAGCCAGCUGCACAGUGGUGUAAAGGGUGCGGUGAGCGAGCGGCAGUGUAUUUCUGUGCUGUAUGCAAGCUCUGGGAUAAUGACAGUGCCAAGAGCAUCUAUCACUGUUAUGACUGUGGAAUUUGCCGUAUAGGAAAGGGUCUCGGCAAGGACUUCUUUCACUGCAAGACAUGUAGCGUGUGUAUGCCUAUCUCUAUCGAAAAUGCCCAUCGAUGCAUCGAGCGUUCUACUCAAUGUGACUGUCCGAUCUGCGGGGAAUACAUGUUCACAUCUCCCGAUACAGUUGUCUUCAUGCGAUGUGGACACAGUAUACAUCAUAAGUGCUACGCAGAAUACUCCAAAACGUCGUAUCGUUGUCCGAUAUGCAGCAAAAGCAUAACAAACAUGGAGGCUCGCUUCAGAAACUUGGAUCGCACUAUCGAAAGCCAACCAAUGCCUGCUGAGUUUCGAGACACUAAAGCAUUGAUUUAUUGCAAUGAUUGCAGUGCGAAGUCUGCUGUCCCAUAUCAUUGGCUUGGGUUAAAAUGUGAACUAUGUGAAUCUUAUAAUACGAUACAAAUCCGCCUCCUUCGUGGGACCGAAGUUGAGGGGACAGACAAUAAUAAUAGUAGCGAUGCGGUACCGCGGCCUAGGUCAUCAUCGUACGGAAUUAACGAAAUUAGAUGUGGACCAGAAACAUCAUCAGAGAUAACUUCUGGAUUCGUGCCGCGUACAGACAUGUAUCUGCGGCCCACGAUGAGCUCCUCUUUUGACCGGGACUAUCGCUCUUUUCAGUCUCGUUCUCGAGCCGUCUCUCCGACAGUGAGUAAUUAUUUUGGACUAUCCCGAGACUCUGCAGCGUCGCCGUCGAUCUUCUCGAGGUACCGAAGUAAUAGCAACGAGACUGGGACUUUCAGUUUUUGGGGGAGCACAAGCUUGAGAUGCAGAUAUCCCUUUUUCAGGGGUGACAGUGAAUCGACGGAUAGUGAAAGUGAAGCAGAUGAUGACGAGGACGAGGAGGAGGACGAGGACGAGGAAUCUGCAGAAGACCUGGAUGAAGAUGAUGACGAUGAUGUCGACCCCAUCGAUAUAUUUGGGCACCGUUGA